AUGACAACACAAGAAGAAAUCCUGCAGUUGGCUCUGCGCAUGGAACAAGCCCCAGAGACUGUUAAAGCAGGGUCAAUUGAUGGUGCUACUCACGGGCGACUACUCGCUGCGGCUCGUCAGCUCGUCGCAGCGUUGGAGACGCCUGAGACUGAACUAAUGAACAUUGCGAAAGCGCCUGUAGCAAACGCGGUCUUGCGAACGGCAUUCGAAAUCAAUCUGUUCGAUCAGUUCGACAAAGGAGAGACGACAGCGAGUGGGCUCGCAAGUCGAACCGGAGUUGAUACCUUACUACUUGUCCGUAUCUUGCGAACGCUGGUAUCACUGGGGAUAUUUGUCGAACCGGAACCAGAAACAUACGCUCACAGCGUACGCUCCAAGAAGCUAACCAAUGCAAAAAUCCGGGCCGUCGUCCGAGGAAUGUUUGCAGCCCCAAUCUCGAGGUAUCUGUCGUCUAUCAAAUACGAGAAUCCUGCAGAUCAUCAGCCGGCCCUAUUUGGAUACGCAAAGGGCACAGACAAGACGAUGUAUGAGUGGCUAGAAAGUCAGCCAGAUCAGCGAAGGAUCUUUGCAGAAUUCCAAGCCGCUUCGUCUGAGAUUUCACAUCAUCGCUUGAAACCCUUCUUGAAGGAGGUGCUGUCAGAGAUUCCCGCAGGAUUUCAAGGCGCAUUUGUUGAUGUAGGUGGAGGAAAAGGGGUUACGUUGCGUGAGGUCUGUCAGGAAUUAUUCCCUCCAGUGGAAGGUCGAGUUGUCCUGCAGGAUUUGCCCAAUGUUGUCAAGGGGGUUGGAAUCCAGGAUGUAGUGGAGGCUAUGCCGUAUAGCUUUUUGGAUCCACAGCCGGUAAAAGAGGCAGCAAUUUACUUCUUUCGCCAUAUCCUUCAUAAUUGGUCCGAUACCGUGUGCCUGACGAUUCUCAAGAAUACGAUUUCAGCUAUGGCACCCACAUCGCGAAUUAUUAUAGUUGAUAUGAUGAUACCAAUCCAAGACCCAUCACAGUACAUAUCUUUCAUUGACAUCAGCAUGAUGGCUUUUGGAGGAAUGGAACGCACCGAGGCUCAGUGGCGGAGAUUACUUGAAUUAGCUGGACUGAAGGUUACAAAGGUUGAGCCCAUGGAUCCGUCGUCGACAAUUUCGGACUAUAUCAUCGAGGCAGUGCUGAUUUAG